AUGUUUAUACCUGACCAAAAUCAGCUCUAUGCACUGUACAUGUUCUCCUGUGGGGAACAUGGUGUCGGUAAACCAAAUAAGGAGAUGUUAGAACUUUUAGCUGAAGAUGAUCGGGCGUGGAAUUCCCGAUUGUCUAAUGAGGCACAGGAACGUGGGGUAUCUGUUAGUGAUCUACAAGAAAUUGAAGCUGACACUCUAGAGCGGCAGCAGGAACGCGAUGCGGUGAUACCAUUAGCCAUGCGGCGUAUCUUUCGCCUUACCCCUCUCUCAUACAAUUACAAUAGUAAUAAUAAUAAUAAUAAUAAUAAUAAUAAUAAUAAUAAUAAUAAUAAUAGCAAUACGAAUACUGAAGGAGACUUGAGUGGUCGUGUACAUGUUGGUACUCGUGGGGCGCUGGCAAUUCUCGAUGUGGUGGAACAUCUCCCAUUUUUAGAAGAACUUGACUUAUCCACUCUCACCUCCUUCUACACCGCUGACGCCUACGCUACCUCUGAUGACAACAUGCAUGAUGUGAAUAAGCGUACAAACCAUGUUAAGGGUACGAAUGUCUCUGGUAAUGCAGUGAUUGCGGCUAUCUGCCGUGUUGCCGCCACUCAUCCGUCGCUGCGGGUGUUGGACAUUCGUGGACAUCCAAUCGGUACAACAGCGGGCCACGCAUUGCGAGAACUUUUACGCAGUAAUCGCCGUGUACAAGUGUUGCGUAUGGAUCGCAGUGGUAUUGAUCAUCACCUCCUUGCAGAUAUUGACAGGGAGUUGAAUCAGAAUGUUAAUACGGUGCGGGAACGGCCGCAACUCCCACGCGUCGUUCCCGCCGUUAUUGCACGACUGCCGACUAUUGAUCGCAAGACGGUGCGGGAACAACAACUAUUACGGCGACUAAUGGAGUCAGAGUAUGGAAUUGGUAAUAUGAUGAAUGCUGAUGAACUGCGAGAGGCGGUGUUGCAUGCACGCGUUAUGUCCACUACAGCCGCUUUAACACGCAGUAAUGGAUUGCGGGGUGAUGGUGUACAUCUCUUUCUUAUCAAAUCAGGUGUACUGCGCGCUGGUGGGAACCCACGUCGCUUUGAACUCCGCCGUGGGGAUUUCUUUGGUGAUACUUAUGAGGAUUUACCAUUCCCUCAAGAACUAUUAGAGGAAGCAGAGCGGGGUGUGGUGUAUGCUAUUCCACUACAGUACUGCACCUCUCUCUGUACGGCGUGGGCACGACGUGUGGAAUCUUUCUAUCCGCUUGUGCGAAACUUAGCAUUGUUGCAGGCGGUGAGUGUGUGGACACGUCUGCGUAUUUGCUGCUGUGCCACUUCACGUGUAUUUCAUAACGGAGAGAAUGUGAUUGUACCAGGUGAUACUUUUAAAGGACUCUUUCUUGUUACCGAAGGAUCUUUUGGUGUGGCUGGACGCACAGCAAACGCCCCACGAACACAUAUGUUUAUGGUUGGUGAUAUCUUUGGAGAGGAGUCUCUUGUAUCCAGGCGGGAGUGUAGUUCUGUUACGAUUGCUGCCGCAAGAGAUGUAGAGACCAGCAGUUGUCUGUUAGUGGAAGGAUGUGGAGCACGUGUUCUCCAUAGUCAUCUGCGGCCCGUACUGAUGACACUUGCCUCUGCCUAUUCGUUACACGAAGAUCUUCAACCCAUAAAGAAGUGA